AUGUCCGGGGAAUCAGGAUCGGAUACCUUGCACAUUGCUAUCAUCGGAGCGGGUAUAGGAGGACUCGCUCUAGCCAUCGGACUCUCUAAUCAGAAUGUUUCUUUCACUUUGUAUGAAUCGGCCGCGCAGUUUAGUGCAGUUGGUGCGGGAGUCGGCCUAGGCCCCAAUGCACUACGUGCGAUGGAGCUGAUAGACCAGCGGUUCCGACAAAUGUACAAUCAAAUUUCCUCGGGAAACCUAACUCCCAACAAGGAGCACAUAGCGAUGGAGGUUCUUUACGCGGAGGAUGGUUUUGGUGAAAUGCGAGGCUGGCAGGCUGCACCGUUUGGGGCCGAUUCCUAUACCCGAACCAGUGCCCAUCGGCGAGACCUCUUAGACAUUAUGACGAGUUUGAUCCCCAAAGAGCGCGUGAAGUUCAACAAGAGGGCCAAAGAAAUCAAGCAGACUACCGAGAACAGCAAGGUUAUUGUCACCUUCGAAGAUGGCGAAGCCAUCGAGGCGGAUGCGGUCAUCGGAUGUGACGGUGUGAAGAGCGCGACGAGGCAAGCCGUCCUUGAGACCCUCUAUCCGGAUCAAGUGAAAGCCCUUUUUAGCGGAAAGUACGCCUACAGAUCGAUCGUGCCAAUGAAAGACGCUCAGGAAAUCCUCGGUGUGCAUGCGGGGGAUGCUAAGGCAUUCAUCGGCCACGGGGUGAACAUCAUGACCUACCCCAUCUCCCGCGGCACGGAGCUUAAUGUGGUCGCGACCAAAUUGACGAAUAAGCCAUGGACGCACCCUGAAUGGACCAACGAGGUCACUAAGGAGGAUAUAGUGGCCGACUUUGCAGGUGUGGCGGAUCAGCGCAUCGUUAGACUGUUGGACUGGGCCAAGCCAGUACAAUGGUCUCUGUGGCACCAUCCGAGCACACCGACCUAUUGUAACGAACGGAUCUGUCUCCUAGGCGAUUCGGCCCAUGCCACUACACCUCAUCAAGCUUCUGGCGCCGGCCAAUGUCUCGAAGAUGCGCUCCUUAUGUCUCACAUACUGGGUCUUGUGAAGGAUUCUAGUGAAAUCCCCACGGCAUUUCAAGUUUACGACGGUAUUCGCCGGCCACGAGCGCAGGCCGUUGUUACCACAAGUCAAGACUGUGGGAAGCUCUAUACGUUCACGCACCCGGAAUUAGCCACCGAUAUGUCCAAAAUCGUCGCGAAUCUCAACCAGCGCUUUCUCUGGAUUUGGGAGCAUGACUUGAGCAUGGAUUUGGAAAUUGCUCGAAGCCAAUUCGCCGCCUUGACACAGAAUGCCGAAUGUAACCUUGAGCAGUCAAGAUUAUGA